AUGGUUAAAAAAAGAAAUUUUGGAGAUAUCGAAUUUGGUGAUGAAGAAAUAAAUAACAGUGGUGAAGAAGAUUUCGAAAAUGAUGAAGAAAUUGAAUCAUUUGAAGACGACGAACAAUCAUUAAAAGAUGAAGGAGAAGAAGAAGAAGAAAUUGAAAUGGAAGAUGGUGCAGAAGAAGAAGAAGGUUCAAAAAAAGUAUGGAGAGCUGGUGUUGAUCCAUUAGAAGCUGACGAAUUUUUAGAUUACGAUAGUACAGCAUACGAUAUGAUGCACUCAAUGAGUGUUGAAUGGCCAUGUCUUUCAUUUGCCCCAAUCAAAGAUUCUUUAGGUGCUCAACGUAAAAAAUAUCCACACACAAUGUAUUUAGUAGCUGGUACUCAAGCCGACGAACCAAAGAAUAAUAAAAUUAUAGUUAUGAAAGCAAAACAAUUACAUAAAACAAAACACGAUGAAGACGAUUCAGAUGAGGAUGACUCUGAAGACGAAAACUCUGACGACGAAGAUGAAGAUAAAGACGCUGAUCCAGAAUUAGAAAUCAAUUAUAUAAAUCAUAAUGGUGCUGUAAAUAGAAUUAGAUCAAUGGAUUUACAAUCAAACAUUGUUGCAACAUGGUCAGAUAAUAGAAGUGUUUAUAUUUGGAAUAUUCAAAACAAUUUGAAUGCAUUAGAUUCAGGAGAUAUAGCACCAAAACAAACAUUACCAAUUCACACAAUUACAAAUCAUUCAAUCGAAGGUUAUGCAUUAGAUUGGUCACCAAAAGUUGCAGGUAGAUUAGCUACUGGAGAUUGUAAUAAUAACAUUUAUAUUACCAACGCAAGUGGAUCAACAUGGAAAACAGACUCACAAGCAUUCAAAGGUCAUGAGGCAUCAGUCGAAGAUAUUCAAUGGUCACCAUCUGAAGAAAAAGUAUUUGCAAGUUGUUCAGUCGAUCAAACUGUUCGUAUUUGGGAUACAAGACAACACAAACCAGCUUUAACUGUCAAAGCUCAUUCAGCCGAUGUUAAUGUUAUUAGUUGGAGUAGAAAUGUUGAAUAUCUUUUAGUUAGUGGUUGUGAUGAUGGUUCAUUCCGUGUUUGGGAUCUUAGACAAUUUAAAGAUAAUUCACCAGUUUCAGAUUUCAAAUAUCAUACAGGUCCAAUCACCUCCAUUGAAUGGAAUCCAUAUGAAGAAUCACAAGUUAUUGUUUCAUCAAGUGAUAAUCAAAUUACAAUUUGGGAUUUCUCUUUAGAAGAAGACACAGAAGAGUUUACUGAUGCAAAUGAUAAUCCUGAUGAUGAUUUCGAAUACCCACCACAACUUUUCUUUAUUCAUCAAGGUCAACGUGAUAUUAAAGAGGUUCAUUGGCACCCACAAAUCCCACAUGUUGCCAUUUCAACAUCAAUUGACGGUUUUAAUAUUUUUAAAUCAUCAAAUAGUGAAGAAUAA